AUGAUAACCAUGUUAGUUAUUAUUUUAACCCUAGUAUCACUUAUUGAUGUGACAAUAAAUAGUGCCAUAGACAACAGAUCUACAGAUAUCAAAGCUGAACAAAGACUUCGUAGUGAUCUCCUUAAAGACUACAUCUCUUAUAAACCUCCGAGCGCAGACACAACGACCGUCCAAAUAAAAUUCAUUCUAAAACACUUCAGUUUUAAUGAAGAAGACGAUAAUUUUGAGAUGAGCACGUGGGUAUUCCUCGAGUGGCAGGAUUCAAGGCUUGCGUGGAAGCCUGAGGACUAUAGCAACAUAGAUGAGACCAAAAUUCGAUCGAUGUUCAUCUGGAGACCAUCCUGCUCUUUCAAAAACGUGGAUCAGUUAAACGACGACGCGAACACGGAAUGGGUUAAGCCAUCAGCGGUCUGUAAACUGAUGAGUGAAGGGAACGUCACAUGUGCUUUACAGUUAUAUCAUCAGACAAAUUGCGAGGCGAAACUGAACAACUGGCCGUACGAUACGAAAAAUUGUACAUUUAUAUUUAUAGCGCGGCGAUCUGUACCUAUACAUUCCGAACAACAUCACCGUGUGAAGUUUUCCUUUCCUCCUGAGAAAACAGCACUUAAUUCCUUAACAUACGGCCCUGGGUGGGAUUUGAUUGACUACAACAGUAGCAUAACGCAAAUUAAUGGAACGUCUAUACAAUUUAACUUUGUAUUUCAAAGGCAAGCAUUAGGUUUUGUUACCAUCGUUAUUAUACCAUCUUUAGCUACGGCUGCGUUUACUUUGUGUUCAGUGUUUUUGGAUUUUAGGUGUUACAUUCGAAUUGUUAUGAUCAGUUUUAGCUUACUCAUCCAUUUUUCAUUAUUGGAAAUCAUGAGUGUUUUCUUGCCAUUUCACGAAGUUGCGACACCAUUCAUUUUGUUAUUUAAUUGUGCGUCCAUUAUUGUUACCACGUGUGUUAUUUUAUUGACUGUAACUUUAAAUAUGCUAUUAAGAAUGCAAAUAACAUCAGCAUCUAAGAUUGUAAGUUUUAAUGAAAGUGUUCUAGGAACGUCUUUGAAAUAUUUUAUAGUUCCAAAGUGGAAAGUGAUUUCAACUGGAGAAACUGAAUAUUCGAUUAACAAUGCAGAAAUUCGGAUAAACCUCGCAAGUAUAGUCAACAGUUUAUUCCUUUAUGUAUUUUUAGUUGUGUAUUUAAUUUUAUAUUGUGUUCUUAUGCCUCAGCCGGAAGGAUUUAAACAAUGAAGCUAAGGAAAUGUAUUCAAAAUUAGCAAUUCUAACAAUUUAAAAGUUUUUAUAAGUGUUUAAGGGAAACCAAUGAAUAAAUCGAUUUUAGAGGUUCUUUGGUAACUUUCAACUUUCUGUUAAAAUUUUGCGAAAUUUAAAAGUUAUUUGUUUGUAAAGUAUUUUGAAAACUGAUAGGGAUGAAAACGUAGGUAUUUAAUGCACAACACUUAAAAGUUUAGGUGAACAAAAAAUAAAUGUAAGCAGAUAUUUAGUGUCGUUUGCAGUUAAUUUUAGAGCAUUAUAAUUUUUAGCUUUUUAGUAUACAACGUGUAACCGAAUUAACAAAUAAUGUUGAUGGAUACAUAGGUAUAUUUCAUAAGGA